AUGUCCUUGGUCAUGAAAAUUCAUAGUUUGCCAGCGGUAGUAACAGUAAAGACAUCUUGUAAUUGGACAACUCACGCAAAAGCUGUGCAUCAUAUUCGAUUUUCACCAAAAUAUAAAACAAUAAUGACAGCAAAAGAUUCUGCUUUACUUGGGGACAUUCGACCCGAUCUUAUCCAAAAUGAAACGCUACCAGAUAUAUUCGAUGCUACUGUUAAGAAAUAUUAUUUUAAUACAGCCGUGAUGAAUGGUGAACGUAGCUGGACCUAUGGUCAGAUCGGUGAACUAUCUGAUAUCAUACGUAAUGGACUUUUAAAAGCUAAUAUUGGACGAGGUGAUAUUGUUGGGUUGUGGAUGGAACGUGGUGUAGAUGUUUUAAUUGCACAAAUAGGAAUAACAAAAUCAGGUGCUGCUUGGUUACCAUUUGAUGCAGCUGCACCUGUUGAUCGAAUUUCAACCUGUUUAUCUGAUGCAGGAGCCAAGGUUCUUCUAACCAACAGACUUGGUUCAGAACAAAUAUCGAAUACUGAUCAUCUUAUAUUUCUUUAUGAAGAUCUAAUCAAAGACAAUCCGGGAAACUUUGAAGUUGCUCAUAAUCGUCCCUCAAUAAAUGACCGUGCAUAUCUGAUCUAUACAUCAGGAUCCACAGGUAAACCUAAAGGUGUUGUUAUCAGCCACAGUAAUAUUUGUCACUUACUGCGUGCUGUCAAUGAGGUUUAUGGGUUUACUGCUGAUGAUACUGUUUUCCAAGGAACUUCGAUAGCAUUUGAUUUGUGCCUGGAAGAAAUCUGGGUAUCGUAUAUGGUUGGCGCCAAGCUGUUUGUUGCUAAUGCUGAAGUCAUGAUGGACAUUGAGCAUUUACCACAUGUCAUGCAACAGAUGGGCAUAACUGUUAUCGAUACAGUACCGACAUUACUAGCAUUGCUAACAACGGAUAUUCCGUCAUUAAGAAUGGUUAUAGUAGGAGGAGAAGCUUUACCAGCUCGUAUCGUUAAUCGUUAUGCAAAAGAGAACUGUAGAUUGCUCAAUAGUUAUGGACCAACAGAAACAUCAGUAGUAGCAACGGUCGGAGAAAUACAUAUUGGUGAUCCCAUCUCAAUUGGUAAACCGAUUCCAAAUUACACAUGUUAUGUGGUAAAUGAACAGAUAGAAAUUGUUCCGAUCGGCGAACAAGGUGAACUGCUUAUUGGUGGUCCUGGAGUAUCUCAAGAAGGAUAUUUAAAUCGAUUAGAUCUCACAAAUCAAAAAUUUAUUCCUAACCCAUUGCAAGAUCCUCGUUGUCCUAUUCUGUAUCGGACAGGCGAUUUAGCGAGCAUAAAUGUUGAUGGUAAUAUUGUAUUUUAUGGUAGAACUGAUGAUCAAGUAAAGAUUCGUGGAUUUCGAGUUGAAAUUGGUGAAAUUGAAGCCAAAAUACGGCAGAUGCCACGCAUUAAUCAAGCUGCAGUAUUACUCCGUCGUGAUAAUGAUAUUGAUCGUCUUUGUGCUUUUCUUGUCGUUGAAGCCGGUGCUGAUCUUAAUUAUUCGGAAUUACGAAUAGAAUUACUUAAGGUUCUUCCCGCCUAUAUGGUUCCUGCUCACUAUGAAAUUAUGCCUAGGCUACCUUAUCUGACUUCGGGCAAAAUCGAUUAUAAGAGUCUAAGAACUAUGCCACUGGUUGCCGCUGUGAUAGAAAGUAGUCAAGAUGAGGAAUCAUUCACAGAAACUGAGAAAACUGUUUUAGCUGCAGCUAGGCGAGUAUUCUCCGAUCAAGUUGUAUCAUUAGACAGUGACUUCUUUACUGAUUUGGGUGGACAUUCAUUGGUCGUAGCAAUGUUUAUAUCUUUUGUUCGUGAAACAGCAAGUCUAGCUGAUAUUACUAUUCAAGAUGUGUAUAAGUAUCGAGUACUCAGAGCCAUAUCUGCACAACUGGAUACUCGACGUGAAAAAACAAGCAUUUCCAAUAAGGACUUAUCAUUCACACCUCCACCAUUACAACGUCGGUUCUUAUGCGGUUGUGCUCAAGCACUCGCCUUACCAUUUAUCCUAUUUCUGCUGAUGUGUCAAUGGAUAUCUUUGUAUGCUUCUUCCGUUGUUCUUUACCGAGAGACUGCCAUGUUGCUGACAGAAAUACUUGUACUUUUGCCCCUUUAUUUGUGUCUUGUAAUUACCCUCCAAAUAUUAGUGGUGGGACUCAAAUGGCUUAUUUUGGGACGAACAAAACCUGGUUGUUAUCCAAUGUGGGGAUCGUAUUAUUACCGAAUAUGGUUAGUUCAGCGUUUGCUAACCGUGGUUAAUAGUUCUCUUUUACAACGAUCGCCUUUAAUGCGCAUAUACAUGCGCGCACUUGGUGCCCAUAUUGGUCGAGACGCCAUUAUUUCCACAGGUGAGGUGGGUACGUUUGACCUAAUCACAGUUGAAGAAGGCGCUAGCAUUGGUGAAGAUACAGUUUUUGCAAAUGUUAAAAUCAUAGGAAAUCAAAUGAUUAUCGGCAGUAUUUUUAUUGGUGCAAAUGCUGUUGUGGGAACUGCCUGUGUUUUCGAACCAAAUACAAUUGUAUCAGCGGGUGCAGAGCUUGCAGAUUUAUCUGCUCUUCCAUCUGGAACAGUGGUUGAGUCAGGUGAAUACUGGGAUGGAUCACCAGCCCGUAAAAUUAGAAUGGUAGAUGAACCAACUUUUGCAGAGGCUCCUAAGCCAAGUCGCUUGACACGCAUGGCUCAGUUGUUAGUUUAUAUCGUUGGUUAUUGUGUGAUGCUACUCGUAGGUCUAUUACCAAUCUUUCCUGCCUUUUUCUUGUUUUCUUAUUUUGAUAGUCUCAUACGCGGUGGAUCAGGAGUAGAAGUUUCCUGGUUAACCCUCCUUAUAUUAGGUAUACCAACUUCGUUCAUUUUAAUUAUGCUUGCAUUAACUGUGGUCACUGCACUACGAUGGAUUAUACUACCGUCACGACUACGUCCUGGUUUGUAUUCUAUUCACAGUUGGUUAUAUGUUCGCAAAUGGAUGGUAAAGCUGGCUAUUGACGUAGCAUUGGACACUGCAUAUUCAAUUCAUUCAACAGUUCUGAUGCGUAAUUGGUACCGUUUAAUGGGAGCCAAAAUUGGAACAGGUACGGAAAUUUCAACCGAUUUUGGCAGCGAGUGCGAUAUGAUCGAACUAGGUGAGCAUAAUUUUGUUGCUGAUGAUACGAUAGUAGCAGAUGAAAAGGUUCGUCGAGGAUGGCUGAUUCUGGAUAAAGUGAAAACGGGAAAUCGCGUUUUCAUUGGAAAUUCGAGUGUCGUCGCAUGUGGUGCAGUUAUCGAAGAUGAUGUGCUUCUUGGAGUGCAUUCGAAACUACCAGCAUCAUUACAUCUGUUUAAAUCUGAAAGUUAUAUCGGAAGUCCUGGAAUACUUCUUCAUCAACGUCGAAUAAUCAUCCAUGACGACGCUUCGACCUAUAAUCCACCACUUUAUCGUAGAAUAGGAAGAGUUGUAUUUGAAAGUAUACAUAUGUCUAUUCCAACGGCCAUCUUUAUUUGUAUGGGAACUAUAACAGGGGAUCUCAUUGCUAAUUAUAUUCACACUGGAAAUGU